AUGACAAUCACUCUGAGACUAGUCAUUCAUACCAUCAAUCUGAUACUCCUCGUAUCCCUAGCCAACGUAUGUUUGUUAUUCGCUUUACUCGUCAAGCCCUUCUCGGAAGAUAAAUCAUGGGAGUUGGUAUGCUGGACUGGUAACUGGUUCUGGAGGUAUAUGCAGAAUCAUUGGGAAAAUACUCUGAACGCUAAAGGUGCGGUGCAAGUAACUGGAGAUGAGAUACCUGAAAGGGAAAGUGCGUUCGUCAUAACGAAUCACCUAGGAUACUCGGAUUACUACCUCUUCCAUUAUCUCUCAUCUCGAGCGAAGAUGAUGGGUAACUCGAGGUACUUUGUCAAGAAAGAGAUACUUAGAAUACCAUUUUUCGGUUUAGCGUUCUGGUCGAUGGGUAUGAUACUGGUAUCAAGGAAUUGGACAAAUGACCAAAGGUUAAUCGAACAAGCCUUCAAGAGGGUCAAAGAAAACCAUCACCCGUGUUGGAUCGUACUUUGUCCUGAAGGGACAAGACGAACUGAUUCGAAGAUACUCAAGUCCCAAGCAUUUGCUAGACAAAAGGGUAAAGAUGAAUUACAGCAUGUUUUGUUCCCCCGAACCAAAGGUUUCGUAUCCACCGUUCAAGCCCUCAGAAUAUCACAUAUCAAAUAUAUCUACGAUCUCACCUUACUCUAUCAAUCCCCUGGCAAUGGGAAUAACAGAUGGAAGGUCCCUUCCUUGGCUGACCAGUUGAAUUGUAAAGAUCUCACCGAAAAAGGUUAUAGAUAUAAGCUACAUGUGAAGAGAAUUGGCAUAUCAGGCUUACCACAAGACGAGGAAUCAUUGCAACGUUGGUGCGAAGAUAGGUGGAAAGAUAAAGAUGAUUUGUUGAAUAUGUGGUUGAGCGAUAGUAAAAUCAGCAAUGGUAAUGGGACAAAAGGUAAGAUGGGUAUCAAUGGGUUUGAUCACCAUAUCGGUCAUUGA